AUGAAUGUUCCUCAAAUGUUCACAGAUGGAGACCCCACAGCUGGACAUAGCCCCAUCAAGCAGGAGAAGUCAGGUCCUCCAGAACCCAGCUGUGUGUCCAUGAAGAGUGACUCGUCUAUGAAUGUUCCUCUAAUGUUCAGUGAUAGAGACCCCACAUCUGGACAUAGGCCUGACCUUUCAUCUGCAGUGGCUGAAGUGCAGGAGAACUUCAAAUUAAAUCUGAAAAAGAAGUUUCAGUAUUUAAGUGAGGUGUUAACGCACCAGGGAAACCAAAUGCUUCUCACUGAGAACUACACUGAGCUCUACAUCACAGACGGAGAUAGUGGAGGCAUCAAUAAUGAACAUGAAGUGAGACAGAUUGAAGCAGCAUCGAGGAGAGCAGCAACAAGGGACACACAAAUCAAAUGCAAUGACAUCUUUAAGCCUUUAUCUGAACAAGACAAAGCCAUCAAAACUGUGCUGACAAAGGGAGUCGCUGGCAUCAAAAAAACAGUCUUGGUGCAGAAGUUCAUUCUGGACUGGGCUGAAGGAAAAGCAAAUCAGGAUGUCGAUCUCAUAUUUCCACUUCCUUUCAGAGAACUGAAUGUGAUGAAGGACGGAAAACUCAUGGAUUUUCUUCAUACAUGGUUCGAGGACACAAAAGACAUGGAAUUGUCACAUUUGUACAAAUUUCUGUUUAUUUUCGAUGGUUUAGAUGAGUGUCUAUUAGCUCUAGAUUUUCAGAGCACUGUGAGUUUGCAUGAAGUAACUGAAUCAGCAUCAGUGGAUGUGCUGCUGACAAACCUCAUUAAAGGGAACCUUCUUCCUUCUGCGCUCAUCUGGAUAACUUCCCGGCCUGCAGCAGUUGACCAGGUCCCUUUUGAGCAUGUUGACCGAGUAACAGAAGUACGAGGGUUCACUGACGCACAGAAGGAGAAGUGCUUCAUGAAGAGAAUCGGUGAUGAGAAGCUGGCUGAAAGAAUCAUCUUGCACCUGAAGUCAUCGAGAAGCCUCUACAUCAUGUGCCACAUUCCAGUGUUCUGUUGGAUUUUAGCCAUCGUUCUCAAGAAGAUGUUAGCUGAAGCAGAGAACCGAGAGAUCCCCAAAACUCUGACUGAAAUGUACACACACUUCCUCAUCAUUCAGAUGAAAAUCAUCAAGGAAAAGUACUCUGAGAACCAGGAACAUGAAGAAAUUCUUCUCAAACUGGGGCAACUGGCUUUCCAGCAGCUAAUGAAAGGCCACCUGAUCUUCUACGAAAAAGAUCUCAGAAAGUGUGGCAUUAAUGUUACAGAAGCGUCAGUAUACUCAGGUGUGUGUAUGCAAAUCUUCAGAGAGGAGUUUGGGCUGCACCAGAGCAAGGUGUAUUGCUUUGUUCAUCUGAGUGUUCAGGAGCAUCUGGCGGCUCUUUAUGUGCACCUUACCUUUAUGAACCAAAAGAGAAAUGUUCUUAAUCAGAACCCGUUUCCUAAGCUGAACAGCAUAAUGAAGAAAGACAUUGCGAUCUCAGAUGUACACAAGAGUGCUGUGGAUCAGGCCUUAGAGAGUAAGAACGGACAUCUGGAUCUUUUCCUUCGCUUUCUUCUGGGUCUCUCAGUGGAGUCCAACCAGACUCUCUUACAAGGCUUGGUGAGACAGAAAGGAGGUGGCUCCCACAGCAAAGAUGACACAGUCCAGUACAUCAAGAAGAAAAUCAGAGAGAAUCCCACUCCAGAGAAAUUUGUCAAUCUCUUUCACUGUCUUAAUGAGCUGGAUGAUAGUUCCUUACUUGAGGAAAUCCAGAACUACCUGCAAUCUGGGAAUCUGCAAACAAGGAAUCUCUCUCCUUCACAGUGGUCAGCUGUAGUAUUCGUGUUACUGACAUCAUCACAUGAGAUGGAUGUAUUUAACCUGCAAAAAUAUACCAAACCAUAUGGUGAAUCAGAUGAGGUUCUUCUGAAGCUGAUGCCUGUAGUCACUGCAUCCAGAACGGCUUGCUUGUUGUAUUGCAAUAUCACAUAUGAAGGCUGUGCCACUCUUGCUUCAGCUCUGAGAUCAAAAACCUCACACCUGAGGGACUUAAAUCUGUCUGGAAACAAAUUAGGAGAUUUGGGAGUGAAGCUGCUCUCUGCUGGACUGGGAAAUCCUCACUGUAAAUUGGAGACACUGGGGCUGAAAUUUUGUAUGAUCACAGCUGAAGGCUGUGCUGCUUUGGCUUCAGCUCUGAGAUCAAAUCCCUCACACCUGAGAGACGUGACUUUGUCAUCAAAUAAACUAGGAGAUUCAGGACUGAAGCUGGUCUCAGCUGAACUCGAGAAUCCUCACUGUAAACUGGAGAUUUUGAAACUGUGGGCUUGUAAUGUCACUGAUGAAGGCUGUGCUGCUCUGGCUUCAGCUCUGAAAUCAAAGCAUUCACAUCUGAGAGAGCUAUAUCUGUCUCAGAAUGAUCUAGGAGACUCUGGAGUGAGGAUGCUGUCUGUUGGACUGGAGAGUCCUCACUGUAGACUGGAGACUCUGUGGUUGCAGUAUUGUAAGGUUACGGAUGAAGGCUGUGCUGCUCUGGUUUCAGCUCUGAGAUUGAACCCUUCACACCUGCGAGUGCUGGAUCUGUCUGGGAAUUACCAGAUAAGGACAGAAUGCAAGCUGCUGUUUGACCUUAAAACUGAUAAACAUUUCAGACUACAAGAAAUAAGGUAAUUAUUGCUUCAGACACAAAUAAUACUUAUAAUUGCAUAAAGACUCAAAAUACGGCAGGCCAGUUUCACACACAUGGAUUAAGCCUGGGGUUGGAGAAAUUGGUCAUUGAUGAUUCACCAAUGAAUAUCUUUUUCUUUUAUGCUUGAUCUACAUCUAGGAAACUUGUAAAUAAAAAACACAGCAAUGAUUUGGAAAUCCUGUAUUUAUUGAAAAGAGAACAAAGACUAGAUAUUUAAUUUUUCCACUAAUUAAUAUAAAUGUUUUAUAUAUAUGGACCACUCAAUAAAGUUGAUAAGGUAAAAUAUAAAAUAUCUGUUAUUUGUGCUGUCUUCAAUUAAAAAUCUGUAAAAGACCGUUUACAAAUCACUGCUUUCUGGUUUUAUUUGCAUUUUACCUACUGGCGACUAACCAUUAAAUAAUUAUGUUUUGAAAGGAAAGUUUUGUUUCUCUGUAUUGAACGUUGCUUUUGGUGUUUUUUGUAUUUCUUGCAGACUGUGAUGUUGAUAACUAUUAUUGACUACUGAACAGACCACAAAGGAGAUGGAAGUGUGUAUGAAUGUGUGCGAGUGCCACAUCUAUGCCUGCCUUAACUGUACUUCACCACUAGAGGUCAUCCUUUCCAGAGUUGUGACCUCGUCACCACUGUGACCUGUGAUUUAGCUCACCUGU